AUGGCACGAAGAAAUCAUCGAAGAUCAAAGGUCACUCGAGUGAUUAAUCUUAUCAAACGCAUCAUCGCAUUCUUCUUUUCUCAUGUUGGACUGUGUGCGCUGGUGAUCGGAUAUGCAUUGCUUGGCGCGGUUGUAUUCCGUGCAGUGGAAGGACCACACGAAACAUUCAUACAAGGUCAAGUGGCAACAGAAAGACAAAAAGCUGUCAAUGUCGCCUGGAAUGCUACUUUUAGGGUUAACAAAUUGGAUCGUGCGCAAUGGGAACGUACAGUUCAUGCACAAGUACGACGAUUUCAGCGUAAGUGUAUGUGGGCAAUCAAACGUGGAUACGACGGAAAGGAAUACGGUUUAUCGGCUCAGUGGACAUUUACCGGAGCCUUCCUUUACUCAUUAACAGUGAUAACAACUAUCGGAUAUGGUAAUACAUCCGCUAAAACAUAUUUCGGCAAAACAUUAACUAUUUUAUUCGCUAUUAUUGGUAUACCUCUGAUGUUACUUUUCUUAACGAAUAUCGGUGAUGUUAUGGCAAAAAUUUUUCGAUUUUUUUAUUCACGUUCAAUACGACUCAAAUAUCGGCUCAUUUUAUGGCAUAAACGGCGUAAAGCUGCAAAAUUGCGCCGUGCUAACUCUCUUGCUUCCCGAUUGGCACGGGACGUAAAUACGGAUUUAUUAAAUGAUUCAUUGCGGCUUAAUUCUGAUGUACAAGAUUUGCUGACAGCUCGUACACAGAUUGAACAACUUGAAGUGAGGGAGAGUGUGGAAGCACAACUACAACGCAUAUCAGUACCGCUAAGUUUGGUGUUCUUCACAAUGUUCGCUUAUCUGGUAGCUGGUUCGGUACUGUUCUGUUUAUGGGAAGGAUGGACAUUUCUCGACAGAUUUGGUGACAAAUUUCCCGGUGCAUCAGUGGGGAAUGAUAAGGACGCACAGAAGAAACUUGUGAUAACAUCAAUUUAUCUCCUAUUUGGGAUGGCAUUGCUAGCGAUGUGCUUUAAUCUGGCACAAGAAGAGGUUGUGAAUAAAGUUAGUUGGCUGACUAACAAAUUUAAAUCACAGGAUGAUGAGGAUUACGACUAG